AUGGCCAGUGUCCAGGAAAAGGACAAGAUCUGUGCCAUCUUCAUCCAUGCCGGGGCGGGCUUUCAUAGUGUCGAAAAUGAGAGGAAGCACCUCAAGGCCUGUGAAAAUGCCGCCAAAGCUGCGAUGGCGUUCCUGAGAAAUGGCGGCACAGCCGUUGACGCUGUCGAAGUGGCCAUCAUGGUUCUUGAAGAUGCCCCGAUCACGAAUGCUGGAUAUGGCAGCAACUUGAACAUCAAGGGAGGUGUUGAAUGUGACGCCACCAUCGUCGACCACUGGGGCCGCAGCGGUGCCGUUGGAGCCGUCCCCAAUGUCAAGAAUCCAAUCAUGCUGGCCCGGAAGAUUUUAGAACAUGCCCAUAAGCCACUGGGCAUGCAGAGGGUGCCGCCCAAUUUCCUUGUUGGAGAGGGUGCCAAGGACUUUGCCUGGGAUCAUGGCCUGGUGAUCGUUCCGGACGAGGUCUUAAUCACGCCCGCAUCCAUGGAGCGGUGGAGGUCUUGGUGCAAGGACGUCGACCGUUUCGAGCGUCAACACCAAGAAACUCGCCCCGCCGAUCCCUGGCAUCGUCGUCCAGUGACUCCCAUUUCCACCCGCUUGGCACGCGCAUCUCUUCCCGCCCUGUCGAGUACAAUCGAGGCUGAUCUUGCCUCCACUCGUGAACUAGAGCCCGUGGCGGUAGAGAACGAAAGCCUGCAGAAUGACGGGCUUCUUGAUGGCCAGAAAACACUGGCGUCUCCGGAACAAAAGCUGCAAGAGGCAGAUGGGACAAUUCCUGUCGACCGAAGCCUAUCUGGGGGCCCUUCUUCGGGCUCUGGUGCGCAUGACCAUGUCACUGAGCCUGGAAAUGACAACAACGACGAGGACAUGGUCACAGACACCGUGGGAGCAAUUGCCAUCGAUCAAUGCGGAAAUAUCGCCGCUGGGUCCUCUUCGGGAGGCAUUGGAAUGAAGCACCAAGGUCGAAUAGGCCCUGCAGCACUGAUAGGCAUAGGGACGCACGUCUUCCCGGUGGACCCCAGAGACCAGGAGCACACUGCGGUUGCCGUGGUCACUUCGGGGACUGGAGAACACAUCGCCACAACACUGGCAGCCAGCACCUGCGCAUCCCGGAUUUACUACAGCCAGAAAAUGGGACAGACCGGCGGGCUCGAAUCUGUGACCGAAGAGGAAGCUAUCAGCGCAAUGAUCAAUGCAGAGUUUACAGGCCAUCCAGGUGUUAACAAGAGCCUCAUCUUUGGCGCCAUUGGUAUAAUGGCUGUCAAGAGCAACACGGACGGCAUUGCUCUCUACUUUGCGCACAACACCGACUCAUUUGCUCUGGCUUCCAUGUCCAGCAAGGAUGAAAAGCCUUCCUGCGUGAUGUCCCGGAACAGACAGAAAGGGCUCGUUGCUCAAGGAGGCACUAUGUAUCGACACAAGUAG